CUAAUCCCAUAUAGCCUAGCCUAAUCGAGCACGCCGCCGCCGCCGCGCCGGUUCAGCGCUGCCCUCACAUCGCCGGCAGCCCAGCCCUCACGCUGCGGCCGUGGCGCCGUCCUCUACGCCCUCCGUCGCCGCCGUCCUCUACGCCCCUCUGCCGCCGCCGAAGCUCUCCACGGCAACAACCCUCUCCACCGUCGACGGCACCCUGUAGUCUUGCACGCCUCCGACUUCUGCACCCGAAAAUUAUUAUCCAACACAUACGAUAGAGACAGGCUGAGAUUGUUAAAUGGCAAAGAGAAAGAUGGGUUCAGAAGAGGACAUACGGUGAAAAGAAAGGGACCGAGGCUUCAGCUGACUAGCCUGCCAACGGAAAUUCUCUGUUGUAUCUUGUCGCAACUGCCGAUAAAAGAAGCUGUGCGGACUAGCAUACUGUAGGAACAGUGGAGAUGUCUUUGGCGUUGCCACUCGAAUCUAGCAUUCAGUCUUAUAUCAAUGUUGCCAGCAGUUCCUCGUAAUCGUAUCAUUGGAGCGCUAAAACUUGAUGAUAAUAAACUGAGGAAGCAAGAGUUUAUUCAGAGAGUUGAUGCAGUCCUAGAGAAACACAGUGGUGCAGGGGUUGACAGGAUUCAGUUUCGUGCUCCAUUUGAUAAUAAGCAUAGAGACCAGAUAGAAAGAUGGGUGAACUUUGCUACUGCCUCGAAGGCGAAGCAGAUUAUUUUCGAUUUCUCGACCGCCAGCGACAUAAGUCGGCCAUGUAACUUCGAUUUGCAUCUUCUUGAUGAUAGUAAAAGUUUAAGCUUGCGGUCUAUAAAACUCUGCUCUGUUUCUCUAAAGGUGCCCGUGGGAUUCAAGGGUUUUCAGAACCUUAAAUCGACUUACCUAGCAGACACAAAUAUUACUGAUGAUGGUCUUCAACAUUUGAUGUCCAACUGCAGUGUUCUAGAGUUCCUUGGAAUUGCAGGUUGUGCAAUGCUUACAACGUUGCAAAUAUCUCAUCCUUCAAACACACUUAAGCAUUUGCAUGUAUAUGACUGCUGUUUGCUUCAAGGGAUGGAGUUAAACUUUGGUCUGGUAAGACUUGAGUACAGAGGUCUGCCGAUUGUGUUAUCGCCUCCUGGAACCUUGCUUCUAACAAAUAUGUGCAUAAAGUUGGAGGGUAUUUGUACUUCUCUUGAAUACAUCUUCACCAAACUUCGUGAUAAUGUGCCUCGUCUCGAGGUUCUGAAUCUAAAAUGCCAGGAGUAUAAGAUGACUACAUUGCCAGGAAAGCUGCAUGAGUUUGUUUAUUUGAAGCACCUGAUAUUGGAGUUAACUUUUGAGAGCUGUCAGAGAGGGAAGACUGAUAUCCUUCAAUUUGCCUGCCUUCUGGUUGCUGCUCCUUCCUUAGAAAAGCUUGAAUUUCAUAUGUGGCUGCGCUGGGGUCGGGAACGGUAUAGAGCCGAGGACGGGAGUCUCCGGAGCCUUCCUUCCCAGCCACACUCCCAUCUCAGGUCGGUCGAUAUCACGGGGUUUUACGGCGAGAAGGACCGGCUGGAGCUUGUGCUCCACAUCCUCAGAGAUUCCGUUGCGCUGGAGUCGAUGAAGGUAGAUCCAAGCCCUGUGGUUGCUGCUGAUGUUAACCGACUUGGGGGACUGGGGAGCAUGCAUGUUCCUCAUUUUGUGGAUGGCUAUGAAGUCGCCCUUGAGUUCCUCUGCAGCAGAGACCGUCGCAAUGUUGUCCAUGGCGCGAGCCCCGAUAUCAUCGAGAGGGCCCGACGUGGGUCUUCCCCCCUGAGUCCACGCAACAGUAGUGCAAAGGCAUCCUGGCAACGUGUGAAGAGGGUGAAGCGAUUGUCGCGGCCUUCCUCCAGCCGAGGAGCUUCCUGAAGCUGCUCUAUAUACCGGCAAGUACCUGGAAACAGACGAGAAGCAAAAGAAUCCAGCUCUGCCGACGUAAUAGAGCCGUCGUGUUGUGGGUUCCCUGAGGUUGCUAUAUUUUCUGGCUUUGUUGUGUUAAAAAAACUUCAAUGAUUUCAGCAACUUU